CGGGGCGGGGCGAGCGCGGCGCGGCGCGGCGCCGCACUCAGGGCCUGGCUUCCCGGCUCCGCAACCUUCGUCGCGUACCCAGCACCGUCGCGGUGCGGCGCGGCCCGGCCCGGCCUCAUGUAUCGCGCGCUGUAUGCGUUCCGCUCCGCGGAGCCCAACGCCAUGGCGUUCGCUGCGGGCGAGACCUUCCUGGUGCUGGAGCGCAGCAGCACUCACUGGUGGUUAGCGGCACGGGCGCGCAGUGGCGAGACCGGGUACGUGCCGCCUGCCUACCUGCAUCGCCUGCAGGGCAUGGAGCAAGAUGUCCUCCAAGCUAUUGACCGGGCCAUUGAGGCUGUGCAUAACACAGCCAUGCGAGAUGGCGGCAAGUACAGCCUGGAGCAGCGUGGCGUUCUUCAGAAGCUUAUCCACCACCGGAAAGAGACCUUGUCUCGAAGGGGCACCUCAGCUUCCGGUGCUUCGAUGAUGACCCCGUCUACCAGUGACCACCAUUUAGAUGCUGCUGUAUCUAGGCAGCCCAAUGGGGUGUGUCGAACUGGGUUUGAACGGCAGCAUAGCCUGCCUAGUUCUGAGCAUCUGGGGACAGAGGGAGCCCUCUACCAGGUCCCACCACAGCCUCGACGAGCAGCACCUGCCACUCCACCCCCACCAGUGAAGCGGCGAGACCGUGAGGCCCUGGUGAUCUCAGGGAGCGGUGGCCGCACAGCCAUCCCCUCUGGAGGUAGUUCCGUGUCCAGUGGCUCAUCAGCCAGCAGCACCUCCGUGGACACACUCUACACUGGCUCCAGCCCCUCAGAGCUAGGUCCCAACUGCUCACCCACACCCCCGCCCGUACCCCGCCGAAGUGCCCACACUACUGUGUCCCAGGCCCAGCCCUCUCCAUGCAAGGCACCAUCCCCUGAGCCCCCUACAGAGGAGGUGGCUGCUGGUGCAAACUCAGCCCCCAAUGACCUGGAAGCUCUGGAUGCCCUGAGCCCGGAGACCACAGAGGAGAAGCCAGCUGCUGAGACCACAGAGGAGAAGCCAGCUGCUGAGACCACAGAGGAGAAGCCAGCUGCUGAGACAGUUGUGCCAAGGACCAUUGGGGCAGAGCUGAUGGAGCUUGUGCGGAGAAACACCGGUCUGAGCCAUGAAUUAUGUCGCGUGGCCAUUGGUGUGGUGGUGGGUCACAUCCAGGCCUCCGUGCCAGCCAGCUCGCCUGUCAUGGAGCAAGUCCUCCUCUCGCUGGUGGAGGGCAAGGACCUGAGCACAGCCCUACCCUCAGGGCAGGUCUGCCACGACCAGCAGAGACUGGAGGUGAUCUUUGCAGACCUGGCUAGACGGAAGGACGACGCGCAGCAGCGCAGCUGGGCACUGUACGAGGACGAGGACGUCAUCCGCUGCUAUCUGGAGGAGCUGCUGCAUAUCCUGACGGAUGCAGAUCCUGAAGUUUGCAAGAAAAUGUGCAAAAGGAGUGACUUUGAGUCUGUCCUGGCCUUAGUGGCCUAUUACCAAAUGGAACACCGAGCGUCUCUGCGGCUGCUGCUCCUCAAGUGCUUCGGCGCCAUGUGCAGCCUUGACGCAGCGAUCAUCUCCACACUGGUGUCAUCCGUGCUGCCCGUGGAACUGGCACGGGACAUGCAGACCGACACACAGGACCACCAGAAGCUCUGUUACUCCGCCCUUGUCCUGGCCAUGGUCUUCUCUAUGGGGGAGGCGGUGCCCUACGCACACUAUGAACACCUGGGCACACCCUUUGCCCAGUUCCUGCUAAGCAUCGUUGAGGACGGCCUUCCAAUGGACACCACAGAGCAGCUGCCGGACCUCUGCAUGAACCUGCUCCUGGCUCUCAACCUGCACCUGACAGCUCCGGACCAGAAUGUCAUCAUGGCUGCCUUAAGCAAACACACCAAUGUUAAGAUCUUCUCUGAGAAGCUGCUUUUGCUUCUGAACAGAGGGGACGAUCCUGUACGUAUCUUCAGACAUGAGCCCCAGCCACCACACUCUGUCCUCAAGUUCCUGCAGGACGUGUUCAGCAGCUCGGCCACAGCCGCCAUCUUCUACCACACAGACAUGAUGGCACUUAUAGACAUCACUGUGCGCCAGAUCGCAGACCUGUCACCUGGAGACAAGCUGCGUAUGGAGUACCUCUCCCUGAUGCAUGCCGUGGUCCGCUCCACACCCUACCUGCAGCACCGGCAUCGGCUGUCAGACCUGCAGGCUACACUGCGGCGCAUCCUGACUGAAGAAGAGGCCUCACCCCAGUGCCAGAUGGACCGCAUGAUCGUCCAGGAGAUGUACAAGGAAUUCCCGGACCUGGGAGAGGUCCCUAGCUAGCACUUCUCCUUACUCCCUCCUCUGCGGCCCUGGGCUGGGAUGGUGCAGAGAACUCAGGGGCUUUGCUCUAAGGAUGGUUUGCACCGACAUUGCGAGGUGAUAAAAGAUUAGAAGGGACCUGAGCCGGGCCCCUUACCUGAGGUAGAGUCAGGGUAAGGGGCCAGAUGUGGGAUUGGGGACCAGAGCCUGGGAACUAUAUUGGGCGGAGGAAGUGUGCAAAGCUGAAGACCCUCUGUUUGCUGGUAGGCUGCCUCUUGAGCAUGCCACCCAUCCCCCAUCCAUCCCCAUGUGCAUACCCAGAGUCCUGCUGCUGCUCCAGGCUGGGCUGCUGCCAUCCCUACCCGCUGUCUGGUCUAAGUUUUGACCCUCAGCAAGCCAUGUCCUUAGGGUGAGGGAGGCGCCUUCUGCCAGCUCUGUUCUUUGCCUUAGCUUUGCAGUGAGUGUUGCUCAUGUGCAGCCCUUACCCCCUUAGGGGCCGCUGUCCCCCACCCCUGCUUUCAGCCCCAGAGGCCUUGGCCAGGCUGUUGCCUUGGAAGCGGGAUCCUAGAGACAGGCCAUCUAUCCUGCAGCCCUAUGGGACAGGAUGAUGGUGCUGAGAAAGCCAAUGAUAGAAUCUAUUUUCUCUGGAAAAAAAAAAGUAGGCCAAAAAAGCCAUGUGUAUUUUCCUAUGUACUACAGCUCACCUUCAGAAAUAAAUUACAGGCACCAGGAA